AUCGAGGAGUUCCAUAAAUUCGUCGUUAACACAAAGCUACUCAAAGCUACUCAAGCUUACAGAAAAUAUUAUCGCGUUGCUUGAAGAAAGUCGCGUGGAGGUCAACAGGAAGUUGAAACAAUUUGCUAAAGGUGCUCU